AUGAGAUUAAUCUUAACUUUAUUAUUUGCAAUCCUUUCAAUUAUUGCUGUUUCAGCACACAAGAAUAACUGCCCAUCAUCUCCAUACUUUGAUGUUGCUCCAUCAGAUAUUACCCAUGCUAAAGAUUUAUCUGCAUCCGAAAGAGCCUUCCACGAAAAAUAUAUGAAAAUUGCUAUUGAUGUUGCCGUCGAGAACAACUCUAAAUUCGGUGCUGCUAUUGUUCACAAAAAUGGUACUUUAGCUUGUACUGGUGUCAAUAUUGGUGGUUCAAGAAUGUAUCAUGGUGAAGUAAAAGCUAUCAUGAACUGUACAAGUAAAUACGCCAAAGCCACCUGGGAAGAUUAUUAUAUGUACACUACUGGUGAACCAUGUCCAAUGUGCUCUGCUGCUAUUAUGUGGACUAAAUUCCAAAAAGUUAUCUUUGCUUCAUACGUAUCAAACAUGUAUUGUGAACGUUGUUUCAAUCAAUUACCAAUGGACUCAAAUGAAAUCUUCAAAUUAGGUUAUGGUAUCAAUCACAACAUCGUUGUUAUUGGUGGUGUUUUGGAUAAUAUUACUGAUACUUUCUUCCCAAAUAUGUGUAAUAAAGCUGAAACUGGUUGGGGUGUCACUCCAAUUUGUCAAAAAGGAUGGUCCCGUGAUUGUCCAAGACCAUCAAGAUAUUUCGGAAACUAA